CAAAAUCGGUCCUCGAUCACUCCGGUAUUCACCGGGGGCUUUUUAAACCAAUAAUUGGAGGAGUUUCUAUCUUUUUUCUGUUUAGUUUUGUUUUCUAAAUUAAUUAGUGCUGGACUAUGGAGAAUUUAAUUGGUAAAAUUCGAAAUCUCGACGCCUACCCUAAGAUCAAUGAGGAUUUCUACAGCAGAACCCUGUCUGGAGGUGUCAUAACUAUCGUUUCCUCUAUCGUCAUGCUCCUUCUCUUCAUCUCCGAGCUCAGAUUAUAUCUUCAUGCUGUGACUGAGACAAAGUUAGUGGUAGACACAUCAAGAGGAGAAAGACUCCGGAUCAAUUUCGAUGUGACUUUUCCAGCACUUCCAUGCUCCAUACUCAGUGUUGAUGCCAUGGAUAUAAGUGGAGAGCAACAUCUUGAUGUUAGACAUGACAUCAUCAAGAAAAGGAUCGAUGCUCAUGGUAAUGUAAUAGAAACAAGGCAGGAUGGUAUUGGUCAUCCCAAGAUCGAAAAGCCUUUACAGAGACAUGGAGGAAGGCUUGACCACAAUGAAACAUAUUGUGGAUCAUGUUACGGUGCAGAAGCGUCAGAUGAUGAUUGUUGUAACUCCUGUGAAGAAGUACGCGAAGCAUAUAGAAAGAAAGGCUGGGCAAUGUCCAACCCCGAUUUGAUUGACCAGUGCAAAAGAGAAGGUUUUCUUCAACAGAUUAAAGAGGAAGAAGGCGAAGGGUGCAAUAUAUAUGGAUUCUUGGACGUCAAUAAGGUAGCUGGCAAUUUUCAUUUUGCACCUGGGAAGAGUUUCCAGCAGUCGAACGUGCAUGUUCACGAUCUGCUGGCAUUUCAGAAGGACAGUUUUAAUAUAAGUCAUAAGAUCAACAGAUUAGCAUUUGGGGACUACUUUCCUGGCGUAAUAAAUCCAUUGGAUGGUGUGCUAUGGGUACAACAAACACCAAAUGCUAUGUAUCAGUAUUUUCUGAAGGUGGUACCUACCGUAUUCACAGAUGUUAAUGGGAAUACCAUCCAGUCAAAUCAGUUCUCUGUAACUGAACAUGUUAAGGGAUCAGAAGCGGGUCACCUUCAAUCUCUUCCUGGAGUUUUCUUCUUUUAUGACCUUUCACCAAUAAAGGUGACUUUCACAGAGACGCAUGUUUCAUUCUUGCACUUCCUGACCAAUUUAUGCGCCAUUAUUGGAGGUGUUUUCACUGUUUCGGGUAUAAUAGACUCAUUCGUUUAUCAUGGUCAAAAAGCGAUCAAGAAGAAGAUGGAGAUUGGCAAGUUUAGCUGAUGAUUGAUGCUCCUCCAAUGUUAUCGCUCUUUCUCGCUUCUUACCCAUCAGCAACAUCUUUCUUGGAAGGGAACAAAGAUUUGGAUCGAGCUAUCCCUCGUAGGAUAGAGUUUGAACUGAUGUGUUUGUUAGUGAAUCCACUAACUUUGUAGUUCAUUUUAUAGCAAGUCUUUUUGAGGAUCUACAAUGAUAUCUGUAUUUGCAUAUUGAUGUAAACCCUACAAGGUGAGAGGCUCUUUUUCACAUUUCAUGGCAGAAUUUUUUGGAAUUUUUAAUUUGUAGAAAAAUUAUCUUCAAAUUAACUGGCGAUGUGAUGAAUAUCUUGUCCUAUUUGUCUUGA